CAGAGGAGCCUGUUGAGGCUGCAGCGCCCCCAGAGGAGCCUGUUGAGGCUGCAGCGCCCCCAGAGGAGCCUGUUGAGGCUGCAGCGCCCCCAGAGGAGCCUGAUGAGGCUGCCGUGCCCCCAGUAGUGGCCGACGACAUUUCAGUGCCCCAGUCUCGGAGACGGAGGAGAAGGAAAAGGAGAAAGACUUCCCCCAUCCCACAUGGCCUGGAGGCCAUUCAGGAGCCCACUGCUGGCCUGGAGGCCAUCCCAGUCAUGCCCAAGCUCUCUGCCCUGCCGGCGCCCCCCAAGCUCCUUGCCCUGAUGUCGGCUCUGUCUAAGCUCCCUGCCCUGAUGCCAGCUCUACCCCUGAGGAGUGCCUUGCCGGCUUUGCCCUCCCUAUCCGUCGGGGUCCCUGUUUGGCUGGAGGCCUCCUGGUCUCUCCGUCUGGUUCCACCCUGGUGGUCUGCCGGGGUUCCUGUUUGGCCGGAUCCUUGCUGGUUCGUUCCUCCGGCUCCGCCCUGGUGGUCUGCCGGGGUUCCUGUUUGGCCAGAUCCUCGCUGGUUCGUCCCUCCGGCUCCACCCUGGUGGUCUGCCGGGGUUCCUGUUUGGCCGGAUCCUCGCUGGUUCGUUCCUCCGGAUCCGCCCUGGUGGUCUGCCGGGGUUCCUGUUUGGCCAGAUCCUCGCUGGUUCGUCCCUCCGGCUCCGCCCUGGUGGUGUGCCGGGGUUCCUGUUUGGCCGGAUCCCCGCUGGUUCGUCCCUCCGGCUCCGCCCUGGUGGUCUGCCGGGGUUCCUGUUUGGCCGGAUCCUCCUUGGUCCGUCCCUCCGGCUCCACCCUGGUGGUCUGCCGGGGUUCCUGUUAGGCCGGAUCCUCGCUGGCUCAUCUCUCCGGUUCCACCCUGGCCCACUGCUGGGACUCCUGUACUGCCUGAGCCUCCUUGGCUCAGCCCUCCCUCCCCUCCCUGGUCUCUUUUAUUAACUUAUUAGGUUUUUCUGUUUGCUUGACUGGGCCCCCUUCCCUCCCUCCCCUAUUUUGUUUGUAUUUUGAUUUCCAUGUCUUGUGUUCUGUUGUGUACCAGGUUUGUGUUGCCAUGCCUGUUCUGUCUUGUUCCUGUCUAGUUUUUGGAUGUUCCAUGUUAGGGACGCCAGGUGGCGUCCCUUUUGAGGGAGGCUAGUGUCAGGGUUCUGUCACUUCAGGUUAGUAGUGUUCAUGGUUUUGUGACAGAGCCCUGAUACUCUCCUCAUGUUAUUGUUUUCAUGUGAGCGCGCGGCUUCGAGACCGCUCGAGCUGUGCGCUCUUGUCUGCGUGUCCUGUUUCAUGUUGGAGCGUGGUGUUCGGAUCCCGGCACUCAUGUCUUGCUGAGUUUCGGUUUCGUGUCGGGGACCGAGCACUCGCGCUCCAUGUUCUGUUUUAUUGUGGCAUUGUUGCACACAGCUCGAGUUAUCGGCUGUGUGCUUGUUAUAUUUUGUCUUGUGCUGUCGCACGCAGCUUAGUUUUUACUGGCUGCGUGCUGUCUUGUGUGAACACGCGGGUUAUGAGCUUGCUCAUUAGCUGCGUGUUUGUGUCCGAUUCGAGCACAUGGCUUGCGAUUGGUUUGCUGGCCAUGUGCUUGUGUUUUUUGUUUUGUGUGAGCACAUGGCUUUUGUCUUCGUUCCUAUGUGCCAUGUGCUCUCGUCAAUUGUCUUGACCCCUCCCAUCUUGUUACCUGAUUAUUGAUAUAAUUUUCCCCACACGUGUUCCCUCGUUAACCUCCUCAUUAGCUCCCUAUUUAUUGCCCUUGUGUUUGCAGUCUGGUUGCGAGUUCGUCGUCGAAUCUUUGUCUGUGUAUGCCUUGCCUUGCCUUGCCUUGCCCAGUCAAGUUAGUCUGUUUUCCCCCACGGGGUAGUUUUUGUUUGUUUGUUUGUUUUAUUUUUAUUGCUAUUAAAGAGCCCUUCUCUCUGCAUCUUUGAGUCCUCGCCUCAUCCCUCUACCCCAAACCCUGACAGAAAAGGGCAGCCCAGUUGGAGGGAGGACGUCGGAAACAUAGACAGUAAAAGAAUGUUGGAACCUGCAAAAAGUCAAGUUACAGAACAUUUCUGGUGGGCAAAAAUACAGUGUCAAGUCACCAUUAAGGAACUGUCAGAAACAGCAGGCUAACAGCAACGGCCACCGAUCAAGAGAUAGAAUUCUUUAUAAAAAAAAAAUGGCUUCACCUUGCAUGUGACCGAGAUGGAGGGAGAAGAGAAAGAUAGAAACGAAAGAGUGUCCAAGAAACCUGCCUGCAAGAUUGCCAUGAUGCUGAUGGGCCCAGUCAAGGAGGUCAAUAAAUCCUAUAAGUUUGGAUUGUUCCUGUUGCCAAGGCUCUGCAGUGUUCACUACUACAACGUCGGACAAGUUUGUUUUUGGAUGAGCUAACCUAUACAUAGCUACUGGAUGUACUUAAUGUCUUUUUUUUUCCAUGUUUAGAUUGCUUCUCAGUUUUGGAAAUGUAAUCAUUCAAUGGGUUUUUCAUUGGCAAUAUUAAUAAAUAAUGCAAUUUUUUCAGAAAUGUGUUUGGAUCAUCUGUUGUAAA